AUGGCAAUGGCAAGGCCAAAACCAAAAACUCAGGAAGAGCAAUUUGCUCAAACCGAGAGGGACAUGAUUGAAAAGGAGGAAAGAAAAAGAUUAUAUUUAAAUAGGAAUUAUGAAGUACUGAAGGCUGAUGCAGAAGUGGCCCUUAAAUUGCAACAAGAUUUAUUGGAUCAAUUCUACUAUGAGGAUUUGAGAAUGAGUUAUAUACAGGAACGAAGGGAGGAAAUAAGGUCUAAACUUCAUGAGAGAAGGUUUCAAAGACAGCAAUUGGAGCAAUCUCUCUUAUUGGAUAUGCCUGCAGGAACUAAUAGACAUCAUCUCAACUCUCUAAAAGAUAGAGAACACUUGACAAAGUCUCUUAAUACAUUUUCUGAAAGCAUGAUGAAUGCCGAAGCAUUGAAAACAACAAAGAGAAACACACUCAACCCAGAAUACGACCAAGCAUUUUGUGAAUAUUUGUACAAUAAUAAGGAUGUGUUACUGAGUAGACAUUUACACAGAGAUAGAGAUAGACAAUUCAGAACCCUACAACAAACAAAGAGAACCAUCAUGGAAGAAGAUAUUGGAACACCUUUCAUUAAACAAAAAAAGAAACAAGACCAAGAACGAAAAAAGCAGGAAGAAUACCAAGAUAAGAAAAAGACUGGUGUUAUUGCUGACAACAAGGAAGUGUUUGAAGUCAUGUCUGAAAUUUCCAGGUUUGAGACUGGUUACAAUUCAGAUUAG